GUCAAUUACUUGUCUCAUCUUUGAAAUCCAUUAGUAACCAAUGGAUACGGGUUGACUCCCUGUAUCAGUAUAAAAAUAACCGACCACACAUGAAUUUCAGCCAGUUUAUUAAGGAUGAGACUAACGAUAAUUUCAAUAUGCGCUACGGUGCUAGUUACGUGCCAAACACAGGGCAAGCUAAAGUACGGUGCAACACCACUUUUUGAAAACAUCUUCCUUUCAUCGGACUAUGGCAACCAGAAGCUGUCCAGUGGACCGUCCAUCAACUGCUUCCCACCAGCGGAUCGAAACCACAAAUACGAGUGGGCAGGUGGUUUCAAUCAGGGACAUAUACUGGAAGAACUGCAUCCGGAACCGAGAGGCGAAGACAACGGUGUUGAUACCAGCGCGGAAUCUGACGAGAACCAAAUGGAUAAACGCAGCGAAAAGGGACGGGACAUGUCGUCCGAUUUGUACGCCCAGUAUCCAUCAUCAUGCGCGUGUCAAACGAAGUACGAACUGCUCGAUCUUGGCUACACGCACUUUCCGCGCUACAUCGUAAACGCCAUCUGCCAAAACCGGAACAUCAACAGCCGUAAGUGCUGGCGUGGAUCCCGCUGCAAGGAAAUCCCGUACAAGGUCCGAGUGCUAACAAGGCGCAGCGAGGAGGACUCCAACGAGCAGGAUCACCACGCUACGUUGUUGCCGGAAACGUUGCGGGAUUUUUGGCGCUUCCGGACGGUGACCAUUGCGGCGGCGUGUCAGUGUUCCAUAUAAUUAAUUGUGAAGAAAAGUGAGGUGCAAAGUUAAAACUAGUUUGGGGAUUUGAAAAAUCGGUGUGAUUAAAUUGCUUAUUAUAAAGAAGCAUCUUAUUAAUAAAAUUAUUAUUAUAAUACAAGUAGAAGAUGAA